AUGCAUAAAAAAAGUUGCAAUAAACCCAUUAGAACUGUUAGGUUGCCCCGAAAGUAUUACACUGUAAAUAAGCAGUUCACUAUCUAUUACGCAGCUAGGAGUCAAUAUUUCACAAGAGAUGACUAUGGAGUGAAAGACAGUAAACGGCCUUAUAUAUGCAAAGAAAAGUCAGUCAGAUCAAAAACAACAGACUAUACCGAGGAAGAUCUGUUAUUGUGCAACGAUUCAAUCAUCAAUAUAAAAUACGAUGAUGAAUACAAAGUUCGGACUGACUUUUCAAUACUCUAUAAGAACAAGAUGUACGAUUAUACUGAGUAUCGAGUUCUGAAUGAUGGCAUAAAGAUUUGUAACUCUACUGAUAACUACGUAAGAAAUAUUUGGAAAGUACGCAAUAAAUGGGUGAAGGCGAAAAUGCAUGAAAAAAGUUGCAAUAAACCCAUUAGAACUGUUAGGUUGCCCCGAAAGUAUUACACUGUAAAUAAGCAGUUCACUGUCUAUUACGCAGCUAGGAGUCAAUAUUUCACAAGAAAUGGCUAUGGGGUAAAAUACGCUCAACAUUAUGUAUGCGAUGAAAAGUUGAGAACCACGUCAUCAGAGUAUACCCAGGAAGAUCUACUAAUGUGCAACGAUUCAAUCAUCAAUAUAAAAUACGAUGAUGAAUACAAAGUUGGGACUUACUUUUCAAUACUCUACAAGAACAAGGUGUACGAUUAUACCGAGUAUCGAGUUCUGAAUGAGAGCAUAAAGAUUUGUAACUCCACUGAUAACUACGUAAGGAAUAUUUGGAAACUACGCAAUAAAUGGGUAAAGGCAAGAAUGCAUUAUAAAAGUUGCAAUAAACCCAUCAGAACCUAUUCGUUUUCCCGAAAGUAUUACACUGUGAAUAAGCAGUUCACUGUCUAUCUCGCAGCUACGAGUCAAUAUUUCACAAGAAAUGACUAUGGGGUAAAAUACGCUCAACAUUAUGUAUGCGAUGAAAAGUUGAGAACCACGUCAACAGAGUAUACCAAGGAAGAUCUAUUAAUGUGCAACAAUUCAAUCAUCAAUAUAAAAUACGAUGAUGAAUACAAAGUUAGAACUGACUUUUCAAUACUCUAUAAGAACAAGGUGUACAAUUCUACUGAGUAUCGAGUUCUGAAUGAUAGCAUAAAGAUUUGUAACUCCACUGGAAACUACGUAAGGAAUAUUUGGAAACUGCGUAAUUACUGGGUAAAGGCGAGAAUGCACGAAAAAAGUUGCAAUAAACCCAUUAUAUACAUUGAGUUCGACCGAUGGGAGUACACUGUGCUUAAGGAUUUUAGAGUUCGCAUUUUUGCAACAAAGCAGCUGAUAACAAAGUACGAUUAUGGUGUGUGUGAAGGUAAACUUGAAACAUGUGUGACCGAAUGCGGCAAAUUUACGUUUACUAUAAAGUAUGAAAAUGAAUACAGAGUAUGGAACAACUUCUCAAUGAUGUACCAAGGUCGAAUGUAUUCUUAUGAUGAGUACAGAAUAACGGAUGAUGGUCUACAAGUUUGUAAUUCUUCUGACCGUCUCAUUAAAGAAAAAUGGCGGAAUUUCAUUGUUUCGGAAAAGAUAACGAUAGCUUUCAAACAUUGUAAUGUAUCUGUGGAUGGUUUUUACUCCGAAAAUUACACAUUACAUACAAACUUUACUGUUUUCUUCAAACCUACCAAUCAAACUUUUACAAGGCAAGAUUACGGAGUGAUUUUGGGGUAUUUUGCAAUUUGUUCAAGAAAGCUCAUAUUGUCCUGCAAUGAUGAUUUGAUCAAAGUAAAGUACGGUGAACAAUACAACGUUGAUAAAAAUUUUUCGCUGGUUUACAACAAGAAGAUAUACGAUUAUCGCGAAUAUCGAUUAAGCCACGACAGUCUUGAAAUGUGUGGUUCCAAUGAUUCAAGAGUUCAGGCGAUUUGGAGAACGCGAAAUUCGUGGCAAAAGUCAUUACCCGCAUCCUGUUAUCGUUCUUAUAAAUUAAAUGCAAGAUACUACGUUGUGACAAAGCAGUUUGCUGUGUAUUCGGCAGAUAACGGUCAAUAUUUCAAAAGAAAUGACUAUGCGGUGAUAGACGGUAAACCUUAUGCAUGCGGCAAAGAAAAUUUAAUACCAAUUUAUGUAAUGACAAACUUUAAGAUUAUUAUAGCACCAUUAUGUGCUUUAGCGCUUUCUAUUAUUUCUUUGCUAUUGUUGUUGAUAGUUUACUGCAUGCUUCCAGAACUGCGCACACUUCCUGGUUUGAAUUUAAUGAGUUUUAGCUUCGCCUUGCUGUUGUGGCAGACGUACCUUGUAGUAUUUUUGUCACUGUAUUCUCAUGUAGGUAAACUGUUUGAGAUACCGUGUGCUAGGCUGUUUGUAGCAAAUAAGUUUAUGACUUAUAGCAUAAUUAUGAAUGCUGCUGUUAAUAUCUAUCACUUAAGAAAAACCUUUUGUGGGAAUACUCUAGUGAAAUCUGAUGAACUGAAGAAGUGGAACAGAUUUUUGAAGUAUAGUUUAUUUAUCUGGGGAGUUCCCAUCAUUAUAACAAUUGUUUACAUUGUACUAGUAAAGGAAGAUGUUCUAAGGUUUGAUCAACCUACUGCGUCUGUGAAGAACGACAUUCAAUCGAGCUUAAGAUUUUAUCGACGCAUUGCGAAUGGAAAGACGAGGGCAAAUAAUAUAGGGAUUUAUCACCGUAUUGCCUCCUUGAAGGGAGAUGUCCUGGAAUCAGAGUCGAGGUUUAAUCAAAGCACUGACACUGUACUUGAAGAUACCCAGUCAAAGUUUAGUCAAAGCACUGUACUUGGGAAGCAAGAUGCGACGGAAGAUGACGCAAGGAUUUAUCAACCUAUUGUAUCUUUGAAGAAAGAUGUUCAGUCAAGCUUAAAGUUUUAUGAAC